GUGGAAAGCGGCGCCGGCGGCAACGGCGUUCCGCAGGCGGAAGGGAAGGGGGAGGCGACGAGGCUGUGCGCCGGCCGCUCCUCCCCACCCCCCGCCUCGGCCCUGAAGGGGCUGGAUGGGCGCGUUGGGCGCGAUGGCUCGAGCCCCGGCGGCGGCGGCGGCGGCGGUGGCCGGAGGCGGCGGCGCCUCCUCCUCCUCGCCCCGGCGCCGGCGGUGAUCGGAGCGAGCGGCCGCGGCCCCCGAUGAGACUGCUGGUGGGCUGGCUGUGCCUGAGCCUGGCGUCCGUGUGGCUGGCGCGGAGGAUGUGGACGCUGCGGAGCCCGCUCAGCCGCUCCGUGUACGUGAACAUGACCAGCGGCCCCGGCGGGCCGGCGGCGGCCGCGGGCGGCAGGAAGGAGAACCACCAGUGGUAUGUGUGCAACAGAGAGAAAUUAUGCGAAUCACUCCAGGCUGUCUUUGUUCAGAGUUACCUUGAUCAAGGAACACAGAUCUUCUUAAACAACAGCAUUGAGAAAUCGGGCUGGCUAUUUAUCCAAUUAUAUCAUUCUUUUGUGUCAUCUGUUUUUAGCCUGUUUAUGUCUAGGACAUCUAUCAAUGGGUUGCUAGGAAGAGGCUCAAUGUUUGUGUUUUCACCAGAUCAGUUUCAGAGACUGCUUAAAAUUAAUCCCGACUGGAAAACCCAUAGACUUCUUGAUUUAGGUGCUGGAGAUGGAGAAGUCACAAAAAUCAUGAGCCCUCAUUUUGAAGAAAUCUAUGCCACUGAGCUUUCUGAAACUAUGAUAUGGCAGCUUCAGAAGAAGAAAUACAGAGUACUUGGUAUAAAUGAAUGGCAGAAUACAGGGUUCCAGUAUGAUGUCAUCAGCUGCUUGAAUUUGCUGGACCGCUGUGAUCAGCCCCUGACUUUGUUAAAAGAUAUCAGAAGUGUCUUGGAGCCAACUAGAGGCAGGGUCAUCCUUGCCCUGGUCCUUCCCUUCCAUCCCUAUGUGGAAAACGUAGGUGGCAAGUGGGAGAAACCAUCAGAAAUUUUGGAAAUCAAAGGACAGAACUGGGAAGAGCAAGUGAAUAGUCUUCCUGAAGUUUUCAGAAAAGCUGGUUUUGUUAUCGAAGCUUUCACCAGACUGCCAUACCUGUGUGAAGGCGACAUGUAUAAUGACUACUACGUUCUGGAUGACGCUGUCUUUGUUCUCAAACCAGUAUAAACACGUGGAGGUCGAAGUCUUCAGAGUCCGGACCCUCCAGGAUGCACCCUCUGGAAGAGGGUCUGUGUUAACAGUUACGUGAAGUGAGGGCCUUUGGGGACCGCCAUUCUAAAUAUCAUGUAGGAAUUUAAAAAGCCAAAAUACUAAUUAUUUCUUUGUAGUGUGUAAAAGGAAUGUUUUUAAAAAACAAAAACCCAACUCUUUGUGGAUUUUUAUCAACUCUUUACUCAGUUAGAGCCACACUUCAAUGCAGGUCACACUUCAAUUACGAUGGAAGAUAUUUUUUAUACUUAACUACAGUAGGGACUCAUUCCCAAGCAAAGCAAUAGUCAUGACUUCGUGGAACCAAUAAAUGGAUUGUUUUUAAUAAAAUGAAGACUGGCAAUAAAGCUGUCCAUUCACUUGCAGAUAUUGGUUAUAAGGUAUAGCCACUGAUACUCUUUCAUGUUUAGAGAUUCUUUCUGUUGUUAUUCAAGAAAAUGUUUUUAAUCAUGCUAAUAAACUUUUUUGGAGAUGA